AUGGGGCAUGUUUCCGGUCGCUUCGAUCCCUUUGUCUCAGAGACACCAAUCAAACCCGCCUUACGCUCCAAUGCGACUCCCAAUCCGCCGAAUACAUUUGAUCGCAUCUAUUCGACAUAUCGUUUCCGAUCACCUCAACUUGAAAUGCCCAGAGAGAAUAUAGGAGAUAUUUCCGCAAAAGACUUUGCGGACGACGAGGUUGCGCUGACCAAUGCGUAUGACGGAAGGUUACUAUCCGGCCCAUUGCUGGAUAUCUUCGUCGGGCCCGAGGGCCGCCGCUGGUCCUUACAUCAAAACCUCCUCAUCCACCAUGCGCGCUUCUUUGACGAAUCAUACACUGUUAACGGUGAGCACAAGCGCAUCAACGAUGGCAAAUUGGAACUCCGCGACGAGGAUCCAGGCGCAUUCGAACUGCUGGUGAAAUGGCUGUACCAGGGCAAAAUUGACGAUGUCUCAUGGAUGCCCAAGGACGUCAAAUGGGACUAUGCAUUCACAUGCCAAAAACUCUACCUCCUCUGCGAUACCAUCGGGCUGCAAGAACUCAAAAACCAAGCCAUCGACCAAUUCCGGCGGGGAUGCCAUGAGGCGGGCCUCGUUCCCGGCCCCGAAGAAAUGAAGCCCAUUUAUGAGAAAACUCCGCCCAGUUCUCCCUUUCGGAAACUCGUGAGUAAGAUUGCUGCGAGACAGAUCAUGGACCCCGGGUCGGAGAAAGAUGCAACCAGCUACAGGGAGUGCUUCGCCAGCACUCCGGACUUUGCAGUCGAUGUGAUCAAUGCGAUCAAGGAGGGCAGUGGUGGGUCUCUGUUUGACGAUCCAACAGAGGGUAAUGGGUGUCGGUAUCACGAGCAUGAGGAUGGUGAGAGCUGUCACAAGACGGUCAGAUUCAAGGAUAGUUCGUAA